GCUUGGUGCGACUUGCCCUCUAACGUGUGCAAGGAGCCCCCCGUUGGCGACGCGGUUCAGCUGCCGCCAGCGCCGCUGGCUAGCGGGUCGUUGGCCGAGUUGAUCGCGGCGGCGCUCCCGGACGACAAGAAGGGCCUGGUGCCGGGGUGGAUUGCCGCCCUCGCCGCCCCAGAGGUGAGCAUCACGACGGUCGACGACGUCAAGAUGCUCGACGCCGCGGACAUCCCCGGACUUCCCGUGCCGCCCCUCGUCAAGGGCGUUUUCCGGGAGGUCCUGGCGCAGGAGGUGGCCCGGUCGCGCGAGCGCGCCGCGGUGCUGGAGGCCACCCUGGCCCGCAGGGAGGCGUUCCUGGCGCCCCUGAGGGACAGGAACAUGCAGCCGCCCGUCGCUGGCAGCCGCUACUUCCAGGACCGAUUUGAAGAGCUACCGCCUUAUCUUGACGCGCGAGGACGGAUCGAGGCGGCCGUGCGGGUGGUGGCCCGCCGGAUCGAGAACUGGUGCAAGGGGGAGCGGAUCGUCCUGGUGGGCAUCCUGAAGGGCGUCUUCAUGUUCAUGUCGGACCUCUGCAGGGCACUCCAGCGCCCCUACUCGGUGUACUUCGUGGAGGCGUCCUCCUACAAGAACGCCCGGGAGCAGGCCGCGUCGGUGGAGAUUUCCUCGGAGAUGGCGGACGCCAAGUUCUUCGACGCGACCACGAGGGCUCCACACAAGGUGGUGCUCGUGGACGAGCUCCUCGACAACGGCGAAACUAUGCACCAGAUGAAGCUGCACCUCCUCGCGAAGCUGGCGGCGACACACUCGGAUAAGGACAUCCUGACGGCGUGCGCUUUCAGCAAGCAGCGCGAGAGAUCGGCGCCGGAGGCGGACAUUACGGGCAUCCCGAACUUGCCCGACCUCUGGCUGGUCGGCUACGGGCUAGACGACCGAGGGACGAAGCGGGGUUGGACAGAGCUGUUCGCCAUACCCAAGGUGAAGAUCGUGGAGACGAUAGAACAGGCUGAGGUUGAAGCCCUCCUUGAUCGACUCGACGACGACGCGGUCAUGACUGAGAGCCUUGUCUUCUGUGGCUUCGAGCUGACGCACAGUGCGAAGAAGAAACGUUACCGCGUUGCUGGUUUGGAUGUGGAGAGGACAGGGGGACCUCUCUCACCAGCGCGCCCUGUGCAGUCCACCAUCACCAAGGCGUCUUUGCUGAAGACAUUGGAAGGCGUCUCAAAGGUCAAGGACAAGUACGAGCACACGUUGCGCUUCUCCUUCAUACAGGAGAACGUCGCCCUGGUACCCGAGGACGAGAUCUUCUCUGGGAAUAACGAGGUGUACGCGGACAUGCGGUGCCGCCUUCGCACGAACAUCAUCACAGCUGCGAGACGUUUUGCCGUGGAGGGGCCCGGCGAUGUCGCUCGAAUGUAG